CACCACAAUGAACUCACGCUGGGUACUUGCUUUUCUGAUAGUCUCUCUACUAACCGCGUCAGAAUGUGCAAAAAUUCUUGGUGUUCUUCCUGUCGGUAGAUCUCAUGGCAUUAUUGGCAAUGCAUACAUAAGAACAUUGACGGAAGCCGGACAUGAGCUGACCGUCAUUACAACAGAACCUCUGAAGAAUCCACCGAAAAAUUAUAGUGAAAUUCUACUAACCGGAACAGAUGAAGAAAACGAGGAAGAGGAUGAGAACAUGUUCGAAUUCCAAAAUUCAGGUGUGUUGUCGAGCGCUAUAAUGCUGAUAAUGAUGUACAACGAGUUUGCCGACAUGAUAUGUGAGAAUGUCCUGCAGCAUCCGAAGGUUUUGAAAUUUCUGGAAACAGAGGAACACUUUGACCUAGUCAUAACGGAAUCAUUUUUGACGGAGUCACUGUAUGGAUUCGCUCAACACUUCGACGCUCCGCUAAUCACCAUCUCAACAUUUGGCAGCUCGAUGUGGACUAAUGAGCUGGUAGGGACCCCCGCUCCCCCAUCGCACGUCGCGCACUUCAUGCUAAGCUUCACUGACCAUAUGACGUUCUGGGAGCGGCUCCAAAACUCUGCGAUGUAUCUCCUGGAUCAUGUUUAUUAUCAUCUUCUAUAUCUACCAAAACAAAAGCAGUCAUAUGACAAAACAUUUCCGAUGGCAAAACAGACUUUCGAACAGCAAAUGCAAAACGUGUCAUUGGUGUUCUUGAAUCAACAUUUCAGUUUGAGCUUCCCGAGGCCGUAUCCUCCGAAUAUGGUGGAAGUUGGAGGAAUUCAGGUGGAAGGAGCGAAGCCUCUGCCCGAGGACCUACAAAAAUUCCUGGAUGAGGCACCGGAUGGUGUCAUCUAUUUCUGCAUGGGAUCCAACAUCAAAUCUAAACAUUUUCCGGAGGAAAAACGUGAAGCAUUCAUCCGAAACUUCGCGAAGUUGAAAGAGCGAGUCUUGUGGAAAUUUGAAGACGAAACCAUUGCGAAUCUACCACCGAAUUUGAAAAUUAAAUCAUGGAUGCCACAAAAAGACAUUCUGGCUCAUCCGAAUGUGAAGCUUUUCAUCACCCACGGUGGUCUACUCAGCACGACAGAGGCACUCUACUUCGGAAAACCAAUGAUUGGAAUACCAGUGUUUGGAGAUCAGAUGAUGAAUAUCCGCAGAUCGGUACGUGCCGGAUACGCAGUUUUGCUGGAAUAUCAAGACAUUAACGAAGCGACAGUUCAUCGUGCCAUCCACACGGUACUGAGCGAUCCUUCGUACGCCAAGAAUGCUCAAUUGGUUUCCCGAAGCUUCCGAGACAAACCGAUGACACCAAAAGAGACUGCCGCUUUCUGGGUGGAAUACGUAAUUCGCCACAAAGGAGCCCCACAACUGAGGUCGCCAGCGAUGCAACUCUCGUUCUUCCAGUAUCAUCUGCUUGAUGUUUAUGCGGUGGUGUUCUUGAUUAUGAUAUUGACAGGAGCGAUGGUUGGGUUUUUUGUUAGGAAAAUUUACCGAAAGAUCUUCAAACCAAUCAAACACGUGACACGCAAAAAGAAGCGAACAUAAUGUGAUGUAGCGAAGUAUAUAUUUUUUGUGAAAUUAGUAAACUAAUUCUUUCUUUAGAAUUUGCUGUG